AUGUCCGACCAAUGCUGCGCUGGAAAGCGCCCCUCUUGUGCACCGUCUACUCAUCCGCUAGACCCUCUCUCCAUUGACGAGAUUACCACCGCUGCUUCUCUCUUACGACAACAUGCGCACCCAACCACCCUCAAAUUCAACUGCAUCACCCUCCACGAGCCGCCAAAAGGUGAGCUGGUGGCUUUCCUGGCCGGAACUGGACCCCGUCCUGCCCGUCGGGUCUUCUCCAUCGUGUUCAAGAAGGGCACUCCGGAGGUCUCCGAGGCUAUUGUCAAUCUGACCACCAAAAAGGUUGAAUCGUGGAAGAACGUCAAGAACGUUAUGCCGACGCUGACCCUAGAUGAUCUCAACAUCAUCGAGCGCGUCGCCAGCAAGGAUCCCCGGAUCAUUGAAGCAUGCCGGGACAUUGGCAUCACCGAUAUGUCUCGGGUCUAUUUUGAUGCCUGGGCUAUCGGGAUUGACGAGCGCUGGGGCUUUGAGCGCCGGCUGCAGCAGGCACUGCCCUAUUACCGCAGCUCAAAAGAUGACAAUCAGUAUGCGCACCCGCUUGAUUUUACUGUUGUUGCCGACACAGAGACAGAGGAGAUCCUCAGCGUGGAUGUCAGAUGUGUGAAUGGAGAACGUACUCCAGUGCCUUUGGACGAGCAUAAUUAUCUCCCGCAGUUUAUCAAAGAUCAGUAUCGUCCGGAGCGCCUGAAACCCAUUGAUAUCACGCAGCCAGAGGGCGUUUCGUUCAAAAUGAAUGGCAAUGAGAUCGAAUGGGCCGGACUCAAAAUGCAUGUUGGGUUCAACUACCGCGAAGGCAUCGUGUUAUCGAACGUCCGGAUUGAUGACCCAUACGAGAACCGCGAGCGGAAGCUCUUCCACCGCGUCAGCGUGGUGGAGAUGGUGGUCCCAUAUGGCUGUCCCAAGCCACCGCAUCACAAGAAGCACGCCUUUGACGUGGGUGAAUAUGGCACUGGGUUCAUGACCAACUCGCUCAAGCUCGGCUGUGACUGCAAGGGCGCCAUCCACUAUCUGGACGCUGUCCUGGCCACAUCCACUGGCGAAGUCACCGUCAUCGAGAACGCCAUCUGCAUCCACGAAGAAGAUAAUGGACUCCUCUACAAGCAUACCGACUUCCGAGAUGGAAGCGUCAUCUCAGCUCGGGACCGCAAACUGAUCGUCUCCCAGAUCAUCACCGCGGCCAACUACGAGUACGCCUUCUAUCACACCUUCACUCUGGACGGAACAUACAAGCUCGAAGUCAAGCUCACGGGCAUGCUCAACACCUACUGCCUGCACCCCUCCGAACAAGCCGCCCCCUUCGGCACGGAGGUAGCACGCGGUCUCGACGCCCAGAACCACCAACACAUCUUCUCCCUGCGCGUCGACCCGGAAAUCGACGGCCCCAGCAACACCGUCGUGCAGAGCGACGCCGUUCCCAUGGACGACCCCGUCGGAUCCCCCGCCAACCCCUACGGCAACGGCUUCUACGCCAGAAAGACACCCCUGCGGACAGCCCUCCAUGGCGCAGCAGACUACUGCCACGAAACCUCCCGCGGCUGGGACAUCAUCAACCCCAACCGCCUCAACCCGUGCACCCGCAGGCCCAUCGCCUACAAGAUCCUCAACAACAACUGCCCGAAGCUGCUGGCGAAACCCGGAAGCCCGGUAUACAAGCGCGCCGGGUUCGCGCGCAAGGCGCUCUGGGUCCUGCCCUACCGGGAUUACGAGGUGUUUCCUGCAGGGCAAUACGUGUGCCAGUCAACGGGGGAAGAGGGCCAUCCGUACAACGCGACGAUCGUCGACUGGGCGGCGAGGGACGAGUGCAUCGAGAAUACGGAUAUCGUGUGUUAUAUCCAGUUUGGACUGACGCAUUUCCCGCGCACGGAGGACUUUCCGAUCAUGCCUGCGGAGCCGGUGAGUGUUACGCUGCGGGCGUCGAAUUUCUUCCAGAAGAACCCGGCGCUGUGGGUGCCGCCUUCGGAUGCGGUGGGGGAUCUGAGCUCGAGGAAGGCAGUCGAGGCGACGCCGAGCCAGCUAUUUGACUUUUUGCAGACCAUCUUCCUUCCGCAGCUCAUUCACCCAGUAACCAAAGGGGCUGUGAACGAGCUGGUGACUAGGGAGAGCCUUCGAUGGGCAUUUCAAUCUCCUUUCUGUAUGCAUGCACUUCUCGCCUGUGCUGCCGCAGAGAUACCUGUCAACAACCCGCAGUACCGGCGAAUGGCAGAGCUGCAUUACACCAAGGCUGUUUCUGGCUUGCGGCAGAGCCUUAUCCAAACCAGUGGCUCGAGUCAGUGGACAGUCGUGUUGUGGACAGUGCUGAUUUUAUGCAUUUAUGAGCGUUCCAAACCCCACCACUCGCAAGGCGUUGAUGUCCAUCUCGCCGGGGCAGCUCAGCUGAUUCAGAUGUACUUUCGAAAGAGGAUACCCGAUGCGAGCCCUAUUGCAACAGAUGUCUGGAUGCCCCGCUUAUUUCUGGAAUCAUUCAUAUUUCACGUCGCGACGAGUAUGCCGUUUCAGCAUACAUCUGCCCAAUCCACUACUAUCGAUUCUGCCUUCUCCCUUGCGGAAAACAUACUGGAGGUUCUGUGUCGACCACAUAUUUCCGUGGAUGCUACCUCACCAGUCCUCGGGGUACCUCCGAAACUGUUCCAGUACAUCUACACCAUCGCUCGUAUGUACCAACAGUACCCCGACGGCGUUGAUCUCUCACACUGUGAAGAGCUGGAGCAGGAUCUGAGACGGUGGGAUACCCUAAUGGCAGGCACAGCAGCGCCUGAGGUCCUUGCAGGGCCUAGACUGUACGUCUUAUGCUCGCGAAUCCUUCUCAAUCGCCUGACUCAUCCCGCCGGCAAUCAACCAGACAAUUUGGUCAGCGAGCUUGUUUCACAAGCCAUGAUUCUUGUCACUCAACUACGGCCAGCACAAGACUACUUUGCCGAGUACUACAGUUGGCCAUUCCUGGUGCUUGGGACCUGUGCAGAGAAGCAACCAGAUCGGCAGAUACUGCUGUCACAAAUCCAGGGCUUCUGGCAGGCAACCAACAAUGGCACCAUGAGACGGCUUGAGAAUAUGCUGACGGCCCACUGGACUGAUGGAAACAAAGCAGCCGCGCAGAGUCACUUGUGGUUGAUAUCGAACAUGACAAAUUCAGACCGACCUGGGAAAUAUUGA